AUGGCCGAUCGUAUGAUGGAGGUUGACCGUUUGUCAUCCUCGACGGUUGCUCCUGUUUCACAGCCUAUCACUAUGUCCACCUCUGACCUGGCUGAACUAAUGACACAGAUUAUCCAGUUGUCGGCGACUGUGGCCGCUUUGCAGCUGCGCCGAUCUGCCGGUCUCUCUCGACGUUCCGUUCGUCGUGACCGUCAUCGUUCUCGCCCUCGCCCCAGGAUCGCAAACCUAUGUUGGUAUAAUGUAAACUAUGGCGAUAACGCGCCCCACUGUGUCCCAUCCUGUUUCUUUAAGUCCACGCAGGGAUUUUCCUCGGCCGGAGGGUAAAUGCGGCCGAUCUCUCUGGCAACUCUACCGUUCGCACAAUUUACACCAGUGAUAACACGAGUGACAGACGUUUUUUGGCCGACAUUGACGCUCAGAUUAGUGUUAUCCCUCCUACGCCAGCCGACGGACCUAGUCCUUCAGACCAUACACUCAUCCCCAAUCACAAUCUUUGGAUCUCGAUCCCUCUCCCUGGAUAUUGAUCUCAGACGAUUAUUUCCCUGGGUGUUUGUGGUGGCAGAUGUUCCCACCCCCAUCCUUGGUGCUGAUUUUUUGGCCGCCUUUGACCUUCUGGUGCAUUUCAGGCAACUUCGCUUCCAUGAUCGCACAACUACCCUCAACGUCAAAGGAUUUCCUCCAUCCUCAGUUUCCAACCAGCUAUCCGUCCUUGACCCAAACCCUGACUGUCCAUUCCGACACUUUUAGCAAAAUAUCAUACUCUCACUAAGCCUCAUUUUUCCUACAACUCAUUGUCCCAUGAUAUUGUUCCACACAUAAAAACCAGUGAAGUCCCUGUUUCCUUUCGUCCCGCCGUCUUGCCCACAAGCGUCAUGCGGCUGCUAAAGCUGAAUUUGAACACAUACUGCAACUAAGGAUGUUUCGACAGUUUGACAGCCCCUGGGGAUCUCCUUUGGACCUGGUUCCUAAACCACAAACGGAUGAUUGGCGUCCCUGUGGCAAUUAAAGUGUCGUAAACAAUAUCACUAUGUCCGAUCGGUAUCCGGUUCUACAACUUCAGGACUUUACCGGAGCUGUCUGUGGCAAAAUCGUAUUCUCGAAGAUCGAUUUGCUCCGGGCUUUUCAUCAAAUUCCGAUUUCGGCUGAGGACAUUACCAAAACAGCAGCGACGACGCCUUUUGGCUUGUUUGAGUUCCUUCGUAUGCCGUUUGGUCUCCGAAAUGCCUCACAGACUUCCCAACGUUUCAUUGACCGUGUUUGACGUGGUCUUCCAGUUGUUUAUGCCUAUAUUUAUUAUGUUCUCGUCGCCAAUCGAGAUGUCGUGGAACAUCUCCAACACCUUACCUGCUUUUCGACCACUUUCAGACACUUCUCUUGAGUUUUUAGGUCAUCUGAUCGAUCAAACGACAUUCGACCUAUUCCCCAAAAGGUUGCCGCCAUUCGGAACUUUCCACGCCCUACCUUGAAGCGUCAGUUGCAACGGUUCCUUGAUAUGGAGAACUUUUAUCGCCGGUUUCUCCCGAACUGCGCCGACACCAUCUUACCACUGACCAGUCUCCUCGUAGAUUCUAAACGCACCUUUGAACUUAUACCAGCAGUUUUCACGCCAUUUGAACAGGUAAAAGCCCUUCUGGCUGAUGCCACCCUCCUGACUCAUUUUCACGCUGAUGCAACCAUAUCUCUGAUGGCCGAUGCCUCCAGUGUUGCUGUGGGCGCGGUUCUCCAACAAAGUCUGCUUGACUCUGCCGUGCCUUUGGUUUUCUUUUCCAGGAAAUUACCCAAGUCCGAAACUCACUACAGCACAUUCGGACGUGAACCUCUUGUUGUUUAA